AUGCACACCAUACCACGGCAAUCCCAAGAUUGGAAUUUACAUGAUGAGUUCUUCCAAUUUACCCGAGGAUGCUUUGUCAUUGAUGAAAAGGAACAGCUUUCCAAACGGCACGUUCGGUUCAACAUGGACGAAUUGGCACAAGAAGCUGCGAAAGCAGUUGAUGCAAAGUAUUGUAUUAAAGUCGAAAAGUGCGCCGAUGGAAUGUUCAACAAGGCGUAUAUAUUCACUCAUGACAACGACAAACAAGUCAUUGGGAAAGUUCCAAACCCGAAUGCCGGUAUACCUCACUAUACCACUGCUAGUGAGGUAGCAACACUUGACUUUAUGCGUAAUGUUCUGAAGACGCCUGCCCCGAAAGUGUAUUCCUGGAAUUCUCGAAAAAGAUAA